GUCCCCCCACCGCCUCGCAACGGGCAAGAAUCAUAGAGGGUCUGGUUGGAGCUAGGAUGGCUUCUUCCAGUUCUGGAAACUCAAUUCCCGCGCCAGAGGCGGUGCAGGUUUUAGUUUCGUCGCUCGGAGAUGAAGCUCACGUGGUCAAAGCAGCCUCCAUGGCUGCUCUCAGAGACAUCGCUGCCAUAAACCCUCUUUUGGUACUUGAAUGUUGCUGUGCCGUUUCUCGAGGAGGUCGUCGGCGAUUUGGGAACAUGUCGGGGCUAUUCCAAGUAAUGGCAUCUGCAGUCCGCGCUUUGGAGAAGCGAGACGUGGAUCCUCCUUUCAUGGCGAAGCUGGCCAAGAUCGCCACUGCCGAGAUGAUCUCGUCCAAGGAACUCAGUGCGGACUGGCAAAGGGCUGCAGCAGGACUACUUGUUUCCAUUGGCUCUCAUUUGCCGGACUUAAUGAUGGAAGAAAUAUUUCUUCAUUUGUCAGGGCCAAAUUCAGCUUUGCCUGCCAUGGUUCAAAUUCUUGCAGAUUUUGCUUCUGCUGAUGCCUUGCAGUUUACUCCACGACUAAAAGGUGUACUUUCUCGAGUCUUGCCUAUUCUUGGAAAUGUCAGAGAUGCCCAUCGGCCAAUUUUUGCAAAUGCAUUUAAGUGUUGGUGUCAGGCUUCUUGGCAAUAUAGUAUGGAUUUUCCAUCGACUUCACCUCUUGAUGCUGAUGUGAUGUCAUUUCUAAAUUCUGCUUUUGAACUUUUGUUGAGAGUUUGGGCAACUUCAAGGGAUCUAAAGGUACGAGUCUCUUCUGUUGAAGCAUUGGGUCAGAUGGUUGGUCUUAUAACUCGUGCACAAUUAAAGGCAGCUUUACCAAGGCUUGUUCCUACCAUAUUGGAAUUGUAUAAGAAGGACCUAGAUAUUGCUUUUCUGGCAACAUGUAGUCUCCACAAUCUCCUUAAUGCCUCUUUACUAUCUGAAAAUGGGCCUCCUUUGCUUGAUUUUGAGGAACUUAUGGUUAUUCUAUCAACACUUCUGCCAGUGGUUUGCAUUAAUAAUGACAGCAAAGAGCAGUCAGAUUUCUCUGUGGGAUUGAAGACAUAUAAUGAGGUUCAACAUUGCUUUCUGACUGUUGGCUUGGUAUACCCUGAAGAUCUAUUUAUGUUCCUUUUGAAUAAGUGCAGGUUGAAUGAAGAACCUUUGACUUUUGGUGCUCUCUGUGUCCUCAAGCAUCUCUUGCCCAGAUUGUCUGAAGCUUGGCAUAGUAAAAGGCCUUUACUUGUUGAAGCUGUAAAGUUGUUGCUAGAUGAACAAAUUUUAGGUGUUCGUAAGGCACUUUCAGAGUUGGUUGUGAUUAUGGCUUCGCAUUGUUACUUGGUUGGUCCAUCUGGGGAGUUGUUUGUUGAGUAUCUUGUACGCAAUUGUGCUCUGUCAGAUCAAGAAAGCUAUGCACUUGAGAACUCCAAGGAAGUGAUUAGGUCAAACAGCAAUAACUAUGGUUGCCAGUACAAGAGAUUGGAGGUGAAGUCUGGAGCUGUUUGUCUGACAGAGUUGAGAUCUAUCUGUGAGAAAGGUUUGCUUUUGCUAACCAUUACCAUUCCUGAAAUGGAGCACAUUCUUUGGCCUUUUCUGUUGAAGAUGAUUAUUCCACGGGCUUAUACUGGUGCAGCUGCCACGGUUUGCAGAUGCAUCUCAGAAUUGUGCAGACAUGGAUCUUCUUAUGCUAAUACAAUGCUUAGUGAAUGUAAAGCUCGUAUUGACAUUCCUAAUCCUGAGGAGCUCUUUGCUCGCUUGGUGGUCCUAUUGCACAAUCCCCUGGCAAGGGAGCAGCUGGCUACUCAAGUUUUGACUGUCCUAUACUAUCUUGCACCUUUAUUUCCGAAGAAUAUCAAUUUGUUUUGGCAAGAUGAGAUUCCGAAAAUGAAGGCAUAUGUCAGUGAUACAGAUGACUUAAAGCAGGAUCCUUCAUAUCAAGAGACUUGGGAUGAUAUGAUAAUCAAUUUUCUUGCAGAAUCUUUGGAUGUAAUUCAAGACACUGAGUGGGUGAUUUCAUUGGGAAAUGCAUUUUCCAGACAAUAUGAACUAUAUACAUCUGAUGAUGAGCAUUCUGCACUGCUUCACCGGUGCUUGGGUAUCCUUCUUCAGAAAGUUGAUGAUAGGCUUUAUGUCCUUGAAAAGAUUAAUUGGAUGUAUACGCAAGCUAAUAUCGCAUUUCCAUCAAAUAGGCUGGGUUUGGCAAAAGCCAUGGGAUUGGUUGCAGCAUCCCAUUUGGAUACGGUAUUGGAAAAGCUGAAAGACAUUUUGGACAAUGUUGGGCAAAGUAUCUUUCAAAGAAUUUUGUCUUUCUUCUCUGAUCGAGGCAGAAUGGAAGAAUCUGAUGAUAUACAUGCUGCUUUGGCACUAAUGUAUGGGUAUGCAGCAAGAUAUGCUCCAUCAACUGUUAUUGAAGCCAGAAUAGAUGCACUUGUGGGGACUAACAUGCUCUCACGGCUUCUUCAUGUACGGCACCCUACAGCAAAGCAAGCUGUUAUCACUGCCAUCGAUUUGCUAGGUCGUGCUGUCAUUAAUGCAGCAGAAAGUGGUGCAUCAUUCCCAUUGAAAAGAAGAGACCAGCUACUUGACUAUAUAUUAACUCUGAUGGGCUGUGAUGAUGAUGAUGGCUUUGCUGAGUCUAGUCUUGAACUUCUGCAUACUCAGGCUCUUGCUUUAAGUGCCUGCACUACUUUAGUGUCUGUGGAGCCAAAAUUAACAAUUGAAACUAGAAACCAUGUUAUGAAGGCUACCUUAGGAUUCUUUGCUUUACCAAAUGAGCCGUCUGAUGUUGUUGAUCCCCUUAUUGAUAACCUUAUCACUCUCCUAUGUGCAAUACUUCUAACAAGUGGAGAGGAUGGAAGAAGUAGGGCAGAGCAGCUGUUGCAUAUUUUGAGACAAAUUGAUCAAUAUGUUUCCUCACCUUUGGAGUACCAAAGGAAAAGAAGUUGUCUUGCAGUGUAUGAGAUGCUUCUCAAGUUUAAAUCAGUUUGUGUUAGUGGAUAUUGCGCACUUGGCUGCCAUGGAAGUUGCACACAUAGCAAGCAUAUUGACCGUACUCUGCAUGGGAAUUUCUCCAAUUUACCAUCUGCAUUUGUAUUGCCAAGUCGUGACUCCUUGUGCUUAGGGGACAGAGUCAUAAUGUAUCUUCCACGUUGUGCAGAUACUAAUUCUGAAGUUAGAAAAAUUUCUGCUCAGAUUCUUGAUCUAUUCUUCAGUAUAUCUCUUUCACUCCCGAGACCUGUGGGUUCUAGUUUUGGUGUUGAUAUAGAACUGUCCUAUAGUGCUUUGUCUUCUCUUGAGGAUGUUAUAGCUAUCUUGAGAAGUGAUGCUUCCAUUGAUCCAUCAGAGGUUUUUAACAGGGUUGUUUCCUCUGUUUGUGUUUUAUUGACGAAAGAUGAGCUAGUGGCUGCACUGCAUUAUUGCACUGGAGCUAUAUGUGAUAAGAUCAAGCAAUCAGCAGAAGGUGCCAUUCAAGCUGUCACUGACUUCGUUAUGAAGAGGGGGCAUGAGUUGAAUGAAAUGGAUGUUUCGAGGACGACCCAAUCCUUGCUCUCGGCUGCAGCUCAUGUGACUGAGAAAUAUUUACGCCAGGAAACUCUAGCUGCUAUAUCUUCUCUGGCUGAGAACACCAGUUCAAAAAUUGUUUUCAAUGAAGUAUUGGCUACUGCAGCAAGGGAUAUUGUCACAAAGGAUAUAUCUAGACUACGUGGUGGCUGGCCAAUGCAGGAUGCAUUCUAUGCAUUUUCCCAGCAUAUAGUACUUUCUUAUUUGUUCCUGGAGCAUGUGAUAUCUGUCCUUAAUCAAUCACCUAUCGUUAAAGAUGAUCCCGAGAAAGGAGACAGUUCUAGUCAUCGGGUUGAUAGUCAUAUAGAGGAUAACAUCCUGCAAGCUGCUAUUUUUGCUCUCACUGCCUUCUUCAGAGGUGGUGGUAAAAUUGGAAAGAAAGCUGUUGAACAAAGUUAUGCUUCUGUUCUUGCGGCACUUACACUCCAAUUGGGAAGUUGUCAUGGUCUAGCUACUUCUGGUGAGCAGGAACCCUUACGGGCUCUCCUGAUUGCAUUUCAGGCAUUCUGUGAAUGUGUUGGAGAUCUUGAAAUGGGCAAGAUUUUGGCUAGAGAUGGAGAGCAAAAUGAGAAUGAGAAGUGGAUCAAUCUUAUUGGAGAUUUAGCUGGCUGCAUUUCUAUAAAACGUCCAAAAGAGGUACCAACUAUAUGUUUAAUUCUGACUAAAUCACUAGAUCGGCACCAAGGAUUUCAAAGGGAAGCUGCUGCUGCGGCAUUGUCAGAGUUUGUUCGGUACAGUGAUGGGCUUGAUUCAUUAUUAGAGCAGAUGGUUGAGGCAUUGUGUCGACAUGCAUCAGAUGACUCUCCAACUGUUAGAUGUCUUUGUCUAAGAGGAUUAGUGCAGAUACCAUCUAUUCAUAUUCUUCAGUACACUAAUCAAGUUCUUGGGGUGAUAAUGGCUUUGCUCGAAGAUUCAGAUGAAUCAGUUCAACUAACUGCUGUUUCAUGCUUACUGAAGGUUCUUGAGUCUUCACCUAAUGAUGCGGUGGAACCCAUUUUGAUUAACCUUUCUGUGCGGAUACGCAAUCUUCAAAUAUGCACGAAUGUGAAGAUGCGAGCCAAUGCCUUCGCAGCAUUAGGAUCACUAAGCAACUAUGGAGUUGGGGCACAACGUGAGGCUUUUCUUGAGCAGGUACAUGCUGCCUUCCCACGCUUGGUUCUGCAUAUUCAUGAUGAUGAUCUUAGCGUCCGACUAGCUUGCCGGAGCACCCUCAAACGGAUCGCUCCAUUAAUGGAGUUAGAAGGAAUGUUUGCCCUAUUCAAUACUCAUUCUUUUAAUUCCGACCACCGAGGUGAUUAUGAGGACUUUCUCAGAGACCUUUCAAAGCAAUUCUCUCUACGUCUAUCCUCCAGGGUUGAUACUUAUAUGGCAUCGACUAUACAGGCUUUUGAUGCUCCUUGGCCGACAAUUCAAGCUAAUGCCGUUUACUUCUCAAGCAGCAUGCUAUCUGUAUCGGAUGAUCAACAUAUUUUGGCUCUAUAUUACACGCGGGUGUUUGGAAUGUUGAUAAGCAAAAUGAGUCACUCAGCAGAUGAAAUCGUUAGAGCCACAUGUUCCUCUGCCCUUGGUUUGUUAUUAAAAUCAACGAAUUUGCUCCAGUGGAGGGCUUCCGGACUUGAUCGUGCAGACUCAGCAAGGGAAAGGCCAUGAUUCAGAGUCUACUGGAAACCAGUAGUAGUGCACAAUGAUAAAUGCAAAAAGUUACUGCUGCCUUUUGAGGUUUGAAUUGGAUCACACUUGGGAUUGAGUAGGAUCUGGUUAGGCCACCCAGGGAACAAGAUGAUCAUGUUGGUUUGUGGACUGAAGUGAGUCACUUUUUGAUGGGUGCGUCAAAGUUGGAUAUGAUAUUCUGUAUAUGUUUUUUCUUUAUUUUAUUUUAUUUUUGUUUUUUGUUUUUCGUUUCUUCUGCAACAUGUACAGUUGCCUGUGUAUGUAGUGGGGAAUGGGUAAGUUAUUUGAGAGGCAUCUAUUUGUAAUGAUAUCUCAAACCCACAAGAAUUGUAUUAUUAUUUAGGCUGUGUUGUAAACUACAGUUGCGCCAGACUUGAGAACAGUACCCAGAAAGAACCAGAGCUCACUCUGGUUUCAGUAAUAAAAUUAUGGAGGUUUGUGUUGUUUUAAGUUU